AUGUCGGUUCCUAACUAUCUUCUGACUGAAGAGCAGCUUUCGUGCUGCAUCUGUCUGGAUGUGUUCACUGAUCCGGUCACAUUGCCAUGUGGACACAACUUUUGCAAAGAGUGCAUCACACAACACUUGAACUUCAAUUCCCAGCGGCAGUGUCCCAUGUGUAAAGAGCGUUUUGACAGAAAAUAUAAGCUUGGGGUCAAUACUUUCAUAUCUGAGAUGGCUGUUCAAUUCAGACAGUCAGCUGGAAAGAAAGCCAGGAAUACCUCUGAGGAAGACGUUGCCAAGCCCGGGAAAGUUUUCGAUGACGUUCCUAGAACUAGACGGACAGUCCUGAAGUCCUGCAUAUUGUUAACAUUAGGCCUAGCAUGUCUCACUAUUUACUUUGCAACUAACCUUAAGCUACAUCAAACAGUGUUGAGCCUGAAAACUGAUCGACUGUUUGAUACUGGGGAGAACGUGGCAGACAACAUGUGUCCCAAGCAUGGCAAACCUCUCGAGCUCUACUGCAAGAACGAGCAAAUGGCCAUAUGUCAGUCCUGCGCUGACUCAAGUCACAGAUUUCACCAUGUUGUUCCCCUGAAGAAAGAAUAUGAAGUAAAGAGGACAGAGCUAAGGGAAACAGAGGCUAUUAUUCAGCGGAUGAUCCUGGAUAGACAACUAAAAGAUCAGGAGAUCAGACAUUUGAUAAAGCUAAGCAAGGAAUCUGCGGACAGAGAGAUAGCAAAUGGUGUUCAGGUCUUCACCGCUCUGAAGGAGUCUGUUGAGAGAACCCAGGCCGAGCUCAUUGGGGUUAUUGAAAAGAAGCAGAAAAUGAAAGACGAAGAGGGCAAAGUUUGCAUCCAAGAGCUGGAGCAAGAAACCUCCGAGCUGACGAGGAGACGGGCUGAGGUAGAACAGCUCUCACGCUCAGAAGACCACCUCCAUUUCGUCCAAAGCUUCUCAUCCCUGAAGGCUUUUCCAGUUACUAAAGACUGGACAGAGGUCAGCAUUUGUCCAGCGUUAUAUGAAGGAAUUGCGAGGACAGCUAUGGUGAGUGCUGUGGAUCAGAUGACAAAGAUAGUCAGAAAAGAAAUGAAGAAGCUGCAUGAAGCAGAGCUGAAAAGAAUCCAGCUGAAUGGGGUGGACGUGACUCUGGAUCCAGAUACAGCACAUCCUGCUCUCAUCCUGUCUGAUGAUGGGAAACAAGUACACUGUUGUGACACGUGGAAUAAACCCUCCGACAACCCGAAACGAUUUGAAUCUGCGGUGCAUGUUUUGGGAAAGCAGAGUUUCUCUUGUGGAAGAUUUCACUAUGAUGUUCAAGUUAAGGGGAAGACUGGAUGGACUUUAGGAGUGGCCAGAGAGUCAGUCACCAAGAAGGGAAAGAUUAAACUAAACACAGAGAAUGGCUACUGGUCUAUAUGUCUGAGGAACAGAAAAGAGUAUUUUGCACUUGCUAGCCAACCUGUCCCUCUCUCUGUGAAUUAUCCUCUUGAGAAAGUGAGAGUGUUUGUGGAUCAUGAGGAAGGUCUGGUCUCCUUUUAUGACGUUGAUACUGCAGAUCUUUUAUUCUCUUUUACUGGCUGCUCCUUCAAAGAGAAACUAUACCCAUUCUUUAGUCCUGGUACUGGUGACAGUGGCAGAAAUUCUGCUCCACUGAUUAUCUCUCCAGUCAGUGGAUACAACAAUCCCGAUGGUCAGUAAUCG